UAUUAAAGGUACCUCCCAUUUACUAUGUAUAACAGCACUCAUGCUUUUUUCGACAGUGUAUAAAAGCAGAUUAAAACUUCUCUCGACAGCAUAUAUUUUUUAUUUGUGGAAAAUUCUAUUCAUCCAAAUUAUAUGCUUAUCAAACUAGUGAAAACAGCACUUGAAAUGAGGGACAUUUAUAUAACGCCAAAUGACAACAAUGACGUAGAGAAAGAGAGUGAAAGUCAAGACUCCAGAACUUCCUACCAGACAAUGCAACUGAGAAGAAGUAUGUUUGGAAUAAAAUCCACUUUGUAUAAAACCUCGAAAAGAAAUAGCUUAGAAGACUUUGAUGACAUUCGGAGCAUAUUAUCUCACAGCAAAGUUGAAGAGAACUGGGAAUCACACGUUAAUGAGGACGGGGGAGUCUUCUAUGUCGACGUCACAAAAGAAACUGACCAUUCACAGCGGAGAAGACGACAUGUACCUAAUGGAGCACGUGCUAGACAUCGGCGCAGACGACUAAAUAACCAUCAUUGUCCGUGUCAUUUUCAGCCAGAUAUUGAAACAAAAUCAGAAGUUCCAAAUGAAGAAAAGAUUAGUAAAAGAAGUGAUGUGAAUACUCCUUCAAAUUUUGACACUCGCACUGUAAAUAUAAACUACCUUGAAAGUUUGAUAGACUACCAAUCCCAAAUUCAAGCAAGUAGAGAAAAUAAUAACAAUAGAACUAUAUUGGAUGAAACACACAACGCUCCAGAAAUAACAACAGAUCUUAGACAUAUUUAUGUGGUGCCUAAAGAACAUACCCAAUGUUCGCAAUCGCCUCAAGACAUUUUUUCCAGGAUAUUUCAAUUUCAUGCCAGUUUUGGAGCUAUUUUGUGUCACCAUAACCAAUGUGCUCAACCAAAAGCAGGGAUUUCCCAAGGCAUGGAAGAGGAAACUAAAUUUCUGGUUCAGUAUGUGGAACCAAAUAGUCCAGCUGCAAUAGCAGGUGUUAAGAAAGGUGAUCUUCUUCUCUGUUUGGAUGAUUUAGACGUUUCACAUUACAUGGCAGAAAGAUUACUCAAUAGUUCGCCAGAACAUUCAGUUAAGUGGACUUUGAAAACUACGGAAGAAAUAAACUUGGAUUCUACCAAUCUGAUUUUAAAACCACUGCUGGAAGAAACCUCAACAGAACAACUGAAAACGAGAAAGCAGGUUCGGAAAAGUCUACUUCAACUUCUUUCCCGCGGGGUGAAUCCGAAAAUUUCGUCGUUUUUAAAAAAGCUAACUCAACAAUUUGUUUCUGACGUUGAACUCGAGGAAUUAAAAGUGAGGUAGUCAAAAUGACUUGAAUAGAUAUCAAAAUUAUGUGUGUUCAUUUAUCAAGCAUUUGUCAUGGUGCUUUUUAUUAUUUAAUUUUUCAAGGAAAUAUGUAAAUGAAUAAACUGUA